UUCACGGCAAGAGCAGGAGAGAACCAGCUCCAGGAUGAUUGCUGUGCUGCUGGUGGUGUUUGGACUGACCCCUGCCUACAUAUUUCCUGUCAGUGCUGACAUCCCUGUGUACCCAAACUUUGACCCCCAAAAGACUGUCGGGAAGUGGCACCCCAUCGGGAUAGCUUCCAAGUUGCCUGAGUUGACUGAGUAUGAUCAGAAAAUAUCACCAAUGGACCUCACGGUGGAGGUUUUGGAUGGAGAUAUGAAAAUCACCGCUAAUUAUAUGUCGGAUGGUGUCUGCAAACAAUCAGCUCUUGUGUUCAAGCACACUGACAAACCUGGUGUAUUCGAAUUUCCUGAUGGUAUUGCCAAAGUCAUGGAUAUUGAUUAUGAAAAGUAUAUCAUUAUGCACAAGAAGAAAUUAGAACACGAAUCCAUCUAUCUGUCUGCUAGGGGAUCGGAAGUGGGAGAUGACAUCAAAGAAAAAUUUAAGAAAUUAGUUUUGGAGCAAAACUUUCCUGAGGCACACAUCAAAUACUUUGAGAAUGUUGAACAAUGCACUCCAAAAGCUGCUUAAUAACCAGAUACAGCAUUUCUCCAUAUAUAUUUGCAGCAUUGGUUAAUAAUCAGAAACACCCAAUAAUCAUUACUCUUUCUGGUUGGUGGAGAUGAUGAUGACUACGGAUCAAUGCCUCUGUCCACUCACCACAUUUCUGGCUUGUAGAAAUUGAUGCAAUUAGAACAACAACAUCUUUGGGUUCCUCCCUCUCCUGAAACUAUUCUAGAAAUAAAUACAUUGCUUAGAUCUUGCACACUUUGUCAGAAGCAUUAUUGGAGGUCAAAAUGGGAGAAGAUAAACAUAUAUGAACCUAUCAAGCCCAGUGAGUGCUCAGCUGUAGAGGUUCCCAAUAUGGUUCUCCAUAUGGUUCAGCCAUCCAUGCCAAUUGGCCAGGCUGACUGGGACUGAUAGCACUGAUGGAUGGGGUUCAACAACCUAUGAAGCUCACCAUGUUGGCCACCCCUUGUCUACUCUGCAUUGGGAGUAGCUCUCCAGAAUCUUGGAAUGA